AUGGAGGCAGAAGCGUCGUCGACGCCGGUGCAGCCCCCCGUCGACGUGGAGGUGAAGAUAGUAGAUCCUCGUACUGUCAGUGUGAAUGGUAAGCUCUACACUGCUAAGCACAUACUAGUUGGUGUUGGUGGCCGACCAUCGAUGCAGAUAUUCCCUGGUAUAGAGCAUGUUAUACAUUCGUAUGCCGCACUGGAUUUGCCUUCAAAACCCGAGAAAAUUGCAAUAGUGGGAGGUGGGUAUAUUGCUUUGGAGUUUGCUGCCAUUUUCAAUGGCUUAAAAGUGAGGUCCAUGUGCUUAUUCGGUAGCAGAAAGUUUUAA